UGGGAGUUGGACCGACUCCAGCUUCCGCUCCGGGAGGCCCUGCUGAGCGGCCUGCCUUCCCGGGGCCAUGAAGAAGGCCUCCGCCAAAAGCAGAAAAGAAAAACAAAUCAGUCUCAAAAUCAAGACAUCUGAACACAAGUUGAGCAAAACUAAGGAGACCAAACUCACUGUGAGCAGCCUCGGUUUAGGCCUGAUCGUCAUCCAGCAUGGGCCCUUCCUCCAAAUCAUCCAUCUCAUCAAGAAGGGGGCUGCAGCCAGGGAUGGAAAACUCCAGCCAGGUGAUGUUCUGAUUAGUGUUGGCCAUGCCAAUGUAUUAGGAUACACUCUUCGGGAAUUUUUACAGCUUUUGCAACAUACCACCAUAGGAACAGUGCUAGAAAUCAAGGUUUACCGAGAUUUUAUUGACAUACCCCAAGAAUGGGAAGAAAUACAUGAUUUAAUCCCUGAGACCAAAUUCCCAGUAACAUGCACAACAAAGGAAACUGAGAAGGCAAAAGAGGACUCUUUCAAAAGCAGUGAUGACAAUGAAGAUGUAGUUUUAGAUAAAAAAUUUAAGUAUUAUAAAGGUCCCCGGUCCACUGGACAUCACACUGCAAAGACACCAAUGUCUAUCUCCAGAGAAUGGCAUGGAUAUAAAAAGAAGAACCGUACUAUUAGUGUAGGAAAGGACAUUAACUGUGACGUGAUGAUUCACAGAGAUCACAAGAAGGAAGUGAGAGCCCCUUCUCCAUACUGGACAAUGGUGAAGCAAGACAAUGAAAGCUCCUCCUCCUCCUCCUCUGCCUCAGAUGCAUUUUGGCUGGAAGACUAUGCCCAGGUUGAAAAGAGCAAGGGUCCACCUGUGCAAAAGUUGGUUAGGCAGUACUUUGCAAAUCUGUGCUCAGAGGUGCAUUUCUCUUGAAAAUACUCAAUUUUUGUGCAUUGCCACGUACAGGUCAGCUAUACUUACAGGAGUAUGCACAAACUUACCAACUCCCUUUCAUGACUGUGUUGUAAAGCUGUUGGA